AAAACAAGCGGCGCAAUGACAUCAUACGUUCUGCCGAAUUAACAUCGAUUAAGCGAAGAGCACAGGCACAUGAACUGAGGAGACUGUAGUCCUAUCUAUUGCUCCUGUGGCCUGACAUUCUGAAGCGUUUGGUACCACUGACGGAUUGUCUCUUGCCAGGCCUGGCCCUGACCCCCCUACAAUUCUGAUCCAACUUCUGUGAUCCAGGCUGGUGCUAUGGCCAAAUGGGCCGUGUUUGCGACUGCUGCUGUCUCUGCUCUGCUUAUUAUUGUAAGCAUUGUUCUGCUACUGACCCACACCUUCAUGAAUAUAGUAGAGGGGCGAGUCAAGCAGGCAACUGUUCUAAAAAAUGAAUCGGAAGUGUUUGAGGACUGGGCUAAUCCCCCACCACCUGUUUACAUGCAGUUCUACUUCUUCAAUGUUACCAACCCACUGGAGAUACUGAGUGGUGAAAAGCCAUUUGUCCAUGAAAUUGGGCCAUAUACUUACAGGGAAUAUCGACCAAGAGAAAACAUUACAUUUUCUGUCAACGAGACUAAAGUAUCUGCUAUCACUCCUAAAACUUAUGUAUUUGAACGAGAAAAGUCUGUUGGAGACCCCAAAGUAGACUUAAUACGAACAGUGAACAUUCCUCUUGUGACUGCAAUGGAAAUGACCAAAGACUCAAGCAUUCUCAGACCAUUUAUUAUACCAACCCUAAAAACAUACAAAGACGGAAUGUUUGUUACUCGUACCAUUGAUGAGUUAUUGUGGGGCUAUAAAGAUGCAGUGCUAUCAGUCCUUCAAUUAUUUAAUCCCAAUGUCAGUGACGUAUUUGGACUCUUCUACAAGAUGAACACAACAGAUGAUGGGGAAUAUGUGUUUCUAAGUGGAAAGAAUGAUUACUUGGAGUUCACUCAAAUUGCUGAAUGGAAGGGUCAAAAAGCUCUUGACUGGUGGAACACAGAAACAUGCAAUAUGAUAAAUGGAACAGAUGGCACAUCCUUCCACCCUCUUUUAAACAAGGAUGAUAAGAUUUACAUGUUUUCCUCAGACCUUUGUAGAUCCAUCUAUGCUGUUUAUGAAAGCAGUGAGAACAUCAAGGAUAUAUCAGUCUUUCGCUUUUCUCCACCAGCAAGUGUUUUUGCCAAUGUGUCCGUCAACCCGCAGAAUGAAGGAUUUUGUGUCCCAGCAGGAAAUUGCCUCCCAUCUGGCCUACUGAACGUCAGCAUCUGCAAGCAGGGUGCUCCUAUAAUACUCUCCUCUCCUCAUUUUUACCAAGCUGAUGAAAAUGUUAUUAAGAGCAUAAGAGGUAUUAAGCCAAUUAAGGAACAUCAUAUGACCUUUUUGGACUUAAGCCCGCUCACUGGGACAUUAAUUCAAGCAGCCAAACGAAUGCAAGUGAAUGUUUAUGUCCGAAAGAUUGAUACUUAUGCCAUUACACAAGACAUACAGACCUUGUUCUUCCCUGUCAUGCACCUCAAUGAGAGCGUUUUAAUUGACGAUAAAUCUGCUGAGAAACUCAGAUCGAUUAUUUUACAAGGAAGAAUGGUAGCCAACAUCCCAUUUAUUAUAAUGGGGUUGGGGAUUAUUUUGGCCUUUAUAUUAACAGCCCUAACUUGUCUACAAAAAAGAAACAGAGAAGAGGGUACAGAAGAAGAAAGGGGUCCUCUCAUAAGGACAUCCUAACUCAUUGCUACGCAUACCACAAACUGAACUAUGCAAACUGAUUCAAAGAAAGGGAUGCCUUUGUUUAUAAAUGUACUGGUGAGAAAAGACUGUGGACAUUGUGAUCCUUUGGGAAGCUAAUCAAGAUCUUUUUUAUUUAUUAUUUUUAACCAUUUUUACAGCAUAUUGAUUAAAAUAAUAUCCUUUCCUGUGUUGAAACAUUCUAUACCUGACAUAAAAAUAAUAACUAACAUACAAUUGAAAACAAUAUUUUACUACAUUCAUUGUAUAAAACAAAGACAGAUGAAUAUCCUGGUUACUUAUAGCAGGAUCUCACAUUAUAUAAAAUGCACAAUAUUGCUUUGUCUGCUUAACUGACAUCUAGUACUAAAUUGGUGUUUAAAUCAUAGGUUUUCAACUUAUUAUGACCUGGAAUGGUAGCUCCUGCAAUGCUGCCACUCUAGCUUACCUUUUCUUUCGCUGAGUCUGGUGGGGGAAGCAUUGGUAGUGCAGAGAGUGCAGUGGAGCUUCUCUUGCACUAGAGCCAAAUUUACAGUUUAAAAAUUGGAAAUCUGGCUUUUAAUGGUAUCAGGAGCAGUUCUGGUUACCUGGUCGGCGCUGCCGCCUGAGGAGAGUUGACAGUAGCGCAUCCCCCUGACCUGAAUGACAGAGCAGGUCGUUUUUAAGAAAUAAAACAUACUGAAUAACUGUUCUAAUCUUUAUCUGUCAGCCAACCUUGUUAUAAGAUUAUUUUCUGUGGUACCGCAUAUUUUAUCUUCUGUUUUUGUAAAUAUUUGAAAAUGUUUUCCAAUAUCACUUUGCAAGUGAACCUGUUAAAAUAUGAGUAUGAUACACCACAAUACCUAUUCAAGGAGUACUUGCGUUUAGUACCAGUGCAUCCAUCAUGCCUCCUAUUGAUUACAUGCAGAUGGACCUGUUGAUGUAGGGGAACCCUACUAUCACCACUGUAGUCAUUUUAGGGUUCCCUCUGCAGCUUGCCUCAAUAUGUGUAGCAGACUUCACCCAGUGAAUCAUGCACAUCAUUAUAACUCAGAGCGAAAGUACGCAAGUAGACAAUAACCGUUGUGGGUGCAGUUGUGUUUAUUUUCAUGCAUUGACCACAAUUGCGGCAGACAUAACUCUUGCCCUCAGUGACACUGGAUUUGUUGGUAAACAACUGGGCAAAUUGCAUCCAAAAUUGCACUUUGUACACUGCACUUGUCUUCAUUAACAAGCCCUAUGUUUUGGUAACGUCUGAAAAUGAUACUAAUGAAAAAUAAUAUCAUUCUGUGAUACUGUGGAGUUUUCUGUCUUUGAGAGUCCAAAUAAUUACUCUCAAUUGCCUCGAUGUGUUAUGGUUUGUUUAUAGCAUUUAAACAAGAAAAGGAGAUAUGUUAUUUUAUAGAAAAUGUAAUCAUGAGAUGCAUAUUAAUAAACCAGAUAUUACAUAUUA